CCUGUCUCGCUAGGUGACAGCGGGGUGAUGUCCGCCUCUGGUGGGAAUGAGACAGCUUUGCUCGGAAGUUUCGCCAGGAAGCAGGUGAAGUACGGCAGCACCUGCAAGUAUGUCUCGCGCAGCGGAAAGACAAUUAAGCACGUCGUACAGCCGGGCGACACGCUACAGGGCAUUGCGCUGCGCUACGGAGUCACGACGGAAGAGCUGAAGCGUGCGAACCGCCUCUGGACAAGUGACAGCUUAUUUUUGCGGACAUGGCUGGCAGUGCCUGUGGUAGAGGCGGGACCAGCAGUAGGUGGUGCCUCAGCCUCUGCAGGCAGAGACACCAAUGGUGGGGACAGGGCAGGCUCUGAGGACACACCUUUACAGUCUGACGAGAGCAUCGCAGAUUUCCUGGGCCGCAUUGACAAUUCCAUUGCCAAGUCGCGCAGCCAGCUGCGCCAACUUUCUCAUACGAGGUUCCGCCACACGGAAUGACCGUAGUGAAAAUAAAAGGGUAAGCGCGGCCCACAAUCUUGUUGCUAAAGGGUUGCGAUGGAGAAGCUCGUUACCAACUCGUCAGCAGUUAUCAUUUGAAGAAUGUAUGAAAUUUCUUAGAUAUAUCAUACGUAAAGUAACCCACAAUCCGCAGAUUUUACAAACAGUGCUGGACACCAG